AUGGUUCCACUACCCGAAAAAGAGUAUUCCGCAGAGCCGCAGAUGAUGAAGGAGAAGAGCGCAGGAGAAGAGGCCAGCAGCACCAAAGCGUCAUGGGAGAAGCGCUCCCUCGAAUUUAUUGACUCCUUGAGGAACUUCCCAUGGUUCAAGGAGUAUCAGAACCUCAUGAAAGACUACAAGAACAAAGAAAUCGACUUGGCAAUUUUGGUGGAGAAGAUGGUGGAAUUGUUUAAAGGGCGCCAGGAGUUGAUAGCAGGGUUCAAUAAAUUCUUGCCAGAAACAUGUCAAAUUACCCUACCAGCACCAACGCUACUACCUAGGGUUAGAAUUGUUUGUCAAAAGAGGAAGCGCAGCGAUGAUAGUGCUAGUGAUAGUGAUGGUGGUAUUGACGGUGGAGCUAACGACUCUAAGAUUCGAAAAGUUAUCAGGUGUGAUUACAAGACUGAGGGAAGGUUUCGCGACAAAGAUAAGGAAAGUGACGAAGGUCACCAUGUUUUCUUGGGACACGAAUCCCCAACUCUGUCACCAAGACCUAGGAUUACAGUUCUUUCAAACAAGGCGAAGAACAAUGAUGAUAGUACCACUGAUUGUGAUGACGCUGGAUCUAUAGAUUCUAAACUUCGGAAAGUUAUUGCUUUUGUGAACAAGGUCGAGCAAAGGUUCCGCAACAACAAUGAUGAUGGUGGUGACGAUGAUGAUACUUGUCAAUCCUAUAUAGAGUUUUUCUUGGAUAUGGUCUGCAAAAGGAACAAAUCAUCACCCAAUAGGUCUAUCGAUGCUGAUGAAGAAGAGCUUCAGAUUUACAAGAAGGUUGCAACACUUUUGGAAGGCCACUCGGACUUAAUUGAUGAGUUCACCCAGUUUUUAACUGAAGUGCCUAGAGUCGACUCCAUCAUUGAUUUCCGUAAGUGCAAGACUUGCACUCCAAGCUACCGUCUUUUGCCAAAAAAUUUCCCCAUUCCUGCUUCUACCAAAAGAUCGAAGCUAGCUUCUGAAGUAUUAAAUGAUCGUUGGGUAUGCGUUAACACUAGUCCUAGUACUACUAGUUCUACUUCAAGAGGAGGUGGACGACGCAUAAACGGCAAAUCGCAGCAUGAGCAAGAACUAUUAGACUGGGAAGAAGAAAAGUAUGAACAUGAUAUGUUGGAAGAGUAUGUGAAUUCGGCCGCAAAUAAUAUCGCAACGCUAAUAAAAGAGAUCAAAAACGAGAGUCCGACGGAGAUUUAUCUUGAAGAACAUCUCACGGAGAUGAAUUUGAGGUGCAUUGAGAGAUUGUAUGGUCUGCGAGGGCGUGACAUGGUUGAUUUGUUGAAGAACAAUAUUCAAGCGGUUUUGCCUGUUUUAUUAAGACGGUUGAAGCAAAAGCAGAAAGAACUGAAACGAAAACGGUCUGAUCUAAAACAAGAGUGGGCUCGUUUAUUUCCUGAGUAA